AUGGCCGAGUUCAUAGUGGAACACCACAAGGAAGCCAAUUACGUCGAGGUCGUGCCGUGGAUAGUAUUCUUCGAUGGAUCAGUUUGCAAACACGGAUGUGGCAUCGGCCUGAUGAUAAUUUUGCCUCGGGGGGCAUUCUUCCAGUUCGCAUACACAAUCAAGCCGUAUCGGACCAAUAAUCAGGCUGAGUACGAAGCACUAAUCAAAGGGCUGGAGCUGCUGAAAGAAAUAGGCGCCGAGGCAGUCGAAGUCAUGGGAGAUUCCCAGUUGGUAAUCAAACAACUAUCUAGGGAAUACGAGUGCAGAGAUGACGUCCUCAGGACCUACCAUGAAGCAGCUGAAGAACUACUAGAGGAUUUCAAGCAAAUCACGUUGACUCAUAUUCCUCGAGAGCAAAACACUGAGGCGAACUCCCUCACCCAAGGGGCAUCGGGUUACCGGCCGAUGAAUUCAGAAACCAAAGUAGAGAUAAUGCAGCUGGAGUAG